AUGGCAAAAGUGGGCACCCGAACGGAAUUUGUUUCGCCGAGCAAAGGUUAUCGACCGGAAGAAAACAAUACUUGGCUUUCAGGAAAAUCGUCACGAUUCAUUAAGCAGAAGCGGAUUACAAUAGACCGUUCGUUCGGUUCAAGACGCUCACGGCCUGGCGGCGGCGGCGGCGGCGAUAACGAUGCCGCCUUUGGCCCGGAAAUUGCAAGUUCUUUCGCGGAGCGCAAACGACCGCAGCGGAUAACAGCACGUGCUUCCGAGCGAAAAAAGGCGCCACCGAUCGCAACAAAUGUUGAUUCACCCUCCCGUCAGUCAGUCCCAUCGGAACCAUCGGCAUCAACCGAAACAGUUGCGUCAGCCGAUCCAUCCGGUCUCGACGGUCUGCUAUUGGCAGCAUCGAGCCCUCCCGCUGCCAUCACGCAUCACAGUAUUUACAGCGGCAGGACCACAGUGACAUUUCGGAAGCGCUCUCGGCGAAUGAGCAGUUUCCAUCGACAUCGUCAUAAAAAGCAAACGCCCACCACUAUCACCAGAGCACCAGAGUGUCGUCCCCUCGUCACCGUGGAUCCCAUCGAAAAUACCGGAGGCAGUGACAUAAACGCAAACACAAUGCACAAAGGUAGUACCAGCACGGAAAGUGUACCAGCUCACUUCCGAUGUUCCUUCUCCUACACCUCUGAAAGCCAACAAAACCUGAAAAAUGACGAAGGUGGUAGUAAUAGCGAUAGUAGUAGCAGUAGUAACCAACAGCUCCACGGGCUUCCAGCUCAUCGCAGCCAUUCGCGGCAGCGGAAUCCACUUGUAGCAAACACUGCCACAGCUUCCAUCGUCACUAGUUGGAAGCAUUGUUGCGGCUUGAGUCAUGCGUUUGACAACCACCGGACCAGCAGGGGCUGGAGGGAUUUUGUUCCACUUCCUACGACGACGGUGGGGACUGCAAUGCUGAUGCUACUAUUGCUCACGUGCCGUAUGGCAACGACCAUGUCCGUGCUGGCAGUUCAGGCCGCGAAAUCAGGUCAGCCACCAAGCAACGACGCAGGGCUGUCUACAGGAUCCAGCAGCCCAGGACCGGUGGCUGCAGCUCAGAAGCAACGCCACCAGUGUGCCGUAUCGGAACACACAUGCAACAACGGACGUUGUGUGCCGCUGAACAAAUAUUGCAACAAUGUAAACGACUGCGGGGACGGAAGCGAUGAGCCGCGAUUCUGCACGAGAUGCAAUCGAACAUACUAUGGUAAUAUUGGUUUGACGUACGACUUGGAACUGCAUCGACCAAAAGAGGAUCGUAUUCCUUACGUUUGCAUUCUGACGUUCACUGCCGCUGGUGGAAAUCAUGGCGAUAUUGUGCAGGUCACACUCGAGAGUUUCACUUUGGGUAAGUUCGUUUCCUACACGGACAAUGGCUGUCCGGAUGGAUACCUACAAGUGGCAGAAGCGGCACGAACUCCGGUCGGGGGCAUGUGGUGCGGCACGACCUGGGGACCGGCGAUUUUCUAUAGUGAAACCCGGUCACUUAUUAUGACUGUUAAAUUGCUCAGACUAUCGCGGGAUCAAAGCGGAUACAAUUUUGACUUCCGGAUACAGUACAAAGUGUUAUCGCGGGACAGCGCCGUCGUCCGGUACGGCGGCAUCAAGCACGAACACAUUCCGCCCUGGACCAACGUUACCUACAUCCCCAAUUAUCCGAUAAUUGACGAUUUCACCAACUCGACGGCACACUCAGAGCAACAGUAUGGCAACUACGACAGCACCGGCACCAGCGGUGGCCAGCGCCAGCGUGGAACGGUCGAGUUAAGCUUCGAUAACUCAACCGGAAGAGGUUCGUCCGCCUACCCAUCGUCUUCGUACGGUCCCAGUCGAAGCGGAGGCGGCAGCAGUUCCAGCGGUGGUCUGUUCAACCAGAACCGAGAACGGCCGUAUUCAAUUAGGAAUCUUACUUCGCUGGCAUUCCCACCGAUGAAUGCCGGCCAGGAGAACUACACCGAACCCAAGUAUUACCUAGGUGACCUGAUGCCUGGAACGUACUGCUCCCGGAUAUUCACCAACUGUGAUAAGAAAGCCUGCCGGUUACAAUCGCCCAAUUUUCCGGGCGUCUAUCCGAGGAAUUUGACCUGCUACUUUGCGGUGCGACAGCACGAUGUCCCACCGGGCAAGCAUGCCUUCAUCGUCAUCAGCCAGCCGAAAGGGAACCUCGUGUGGAUUUCCAACGAUGCCUCGGCUGUUAUUGCCAGCGGUGGCGGCAGCGGAACAGGAGGUGGUGGCAGCGGCACGAGCAGCGAUAAGGAAAAGUACAAACCUCGGCUGCACACCUGGAACGAGUGCGACAGUGUGCAGGACAGUACGAAUCCCAAGUGGAAAUCGACGGACUAUAUCACCGUGUAUGAUGGCUACACAACCCGGGACCCCGUUAUUCUGAAACUGUGCGGUGGCGGUGAAGCCAUUCCACCAUCCAUCUCCAGCGGUCCAGAACUUUUGGUCGAAUUCACAACAUCCCCAUAUGGCACGUUUAGCAGUCCGGAAACCAGACGUCAUUCGCUGCACGGCUUUCAGCUCGAGGUCUCGGUGAAGUUCGUCGACCUCCAGAGUCCAACGUACGCGAAAAGCAAACGCAUCUGCGAAUUCUGGCUACGAGGUACCGGUCACGGGGUCCUGCAGAAUCCCCAGCACUCGUUAGCCCCGAACACCACCUGUCUCUAUCACUUGCAAGGUACUGAAGCACGAUCCCUGGAUGCGAUCAACAUUCCGCGCCGUUCGGGUGCUCUCUCCACUUCGCCAACACGGUUCAAGGUGUGGAUUUCGGUGAUGAAGUUCGAGCUGCAGCCCGAAUUCGGAGCAACGGAUGAGCAGCUGUUGCAGUACCAGACGAAGGAGGACUGUAGCGGAAUGCUGCGCAUUUGGGAUGGUCCCCUGCGGGAAGUUCCCAGCUGCAAAGAUGUUGACUGCGUAACAAUCGACAAGGAUGGUUACCAACGACCGACAAUUCGUUUUGGUCAGAACAGUACCAACGUGAUAGCACGGUUCUGCCGAGGGUCGAUCCCUCGCUCGUGUGACCAUGGGAUGCUGAACGUGACUAAUUCUCGGCCGUGCACGUUAACGGAAAGUUUUGUCUCGAGCAGCGACUUUGUAACGUUGGAACUUAAGACGACGGAAUCCACGGUGCUACGACCGCUGCAGUUUUCAUUGCGGUACGAAUUCGUCGACUUCUUGCAGGACGGUCAACCGAUCGGUAAGGAGAGCGACUGCAAUCGGCGUUUUCUAAGCAGUCAGUUGGACAAAAAGGGACCGCAUCCGGUGCGAAGUGUGCGUAACGUUUUCCUCUUCGGACGCGGUGGGGCAAAACAUUUACAUUGUGUAUAUCGAUUUGAGGCCCAACGAGGGGAACGAGUGCGGGUGGAAGUGGUGCGCGCGAUGACGGGCAAUCGAACCUGCGACUCACGCGUUGAUCCGGACAUCAGACGAUCCUACUGCUUUGGCAAUCACAGUGCCCGAAUAGAAAUUUUCGAACGACCUUGGCAUGAGUCAAUUUUGUUCCCGAGAGGCUGCAUUUGUAAUUCGACGAAUAAAUCGUUUCUACCAAUUGUAUUCACAUCCACCGGUCGGGAAGUGGAGAUUCAUUUUAUCGCCGAAAAUAUGACCAGCGGUGAUGAUCCGGAUUCGCUUAACUUUGAAGCGACGUUCGAGUUCGUCAAGGGACCACUGAUGUGUAAAGACGUGAGAAGAAAGAAUGCAAUCACGGGCGUGGUGAGUCUAUCCAGUGGAGAGAUGGAAUGCCGCAACCGACCAUGGCUGAUCGAACCUUCGCACGACAAAUAUCUGUACAUUCGCUUAAAGGGAUUAUUCCUGCGUAAAAACAAUCCAGCCGCUCCGAUGCGGUACAACGCUAGUCUUAGUACGGUAACUCCGAUCCGGUGCAAUACCAAAGCGCGUGUCGUAAUCACCAACAGUGAGGGGGUCUCCGUGACCGCAUGUCCUCUCCCGGACGACACAGCCCACCGUCACGUGGUGGAGGUGUUCAGUGCUGGUUGGUCUCGAACGCAUCCAUUCUUUGGACUGGAACCAUCGAAAGUAAUUUCUGUAGAAUUCCUUCAACCAGAUCAUGGCGAAUACUCAUUCAGCUGGCUUGAGUUGUCCAAGAGACCAUCUCCAAGUUACGCUAUCGUAGCUGAAGAAUGUCCGUACCAAUGUCCAGAUUUGAACGCCUGCGUAAAUGCUUCCAUCUGGUGUGACGGAAUCGAACAGUGUCCCUCGGGUGAAGAUGAAUCCUUCACCAACUGUUCAGCUCUUCUUCGACUACCCGCCGAAAUUCUAGCCGGCUUCAGUGUACUAUUGUUGCUGAUUUGCCUGGGACUGACCGCAUACUUGUAUCGAAAAAUCAAACGAAACUGCCGGCGGACAUCCGUUCUACAAACGCGCCUCAAAUCGCUCAGUUCGAUGGAUACGGCGGUGUUCGACGAAAAGGAAGUGAUUUGCUGA